AUCCCUGUUACAAUGGCGAAASAGUGGGUUAGAUUGCUGUUGUUAUUGGGAGUUUCUCUGUAUGCUGUGGCUUAUGACUACCAAGUCGAAGAAAAAAGAUACGAUCAAACGCUAAGCGACGUGGUAAAAGAAUUGGCCAAGAUCAAGCAAAGGCUGAACAAGAUUGAAACUCGCAAAGUGAUAACACUCAGAGGUCGAGAUGGUCGCGACGGAAAAGACGGUUUACCAGGAUCUAGAGGUAGAGAUGGUCGUGAUGGUAAAAACGGAGCCCCAGGGCCAAAAGGACCUCAAGGACCACAAGGACCAUCAGGACAAAAUGGCCCCAGAGGACCACCAGGGCCUAGUGGGGGUGGUAUCGAGUACAUUCGAUGGGGCAAGACGUCAUGUCCUUCGGGAGCUGAUUUGGUGUACAAGGGUCGAAUCGGAGGAGAGCAUUACACACAUACCGGAGGAGGUGCUAACUACGUAUGCGUCCCUGAAGUCCCGGAUUACCUCAACUACAAACCAGGAAGRCAAAAUACUGCGUUUAUAUAUGGAACAGAGUAUGAAGUAAGCCAGUUCAACCCACUCUCUAAUACCGACAUCCACGACCAUGACGCUCCUUGUGUCUCCUGCUAUGUGAAGAAACGAAGCUCCAAACUGAUGAUCCCAGCAACCUACAAGUGCCCCUCAGGGUGGACCAGAGAGUAUUAUGGGUACCUGAUGACGGAAUAUUAUAACCACAAGAAUAACAGGGCUUAUAUCUGUGUAGACAAAGAUGCUGAGGCUGUAUCUGGAAGCAAGGCAAAUCUGAAUGGAGCUCUUCUGUAUCCUGUAUCUGGUCACUGCGGUUCCCUUCCUUGUACCCCAUACGUACAAGACCGAGAACUGACAUGUGUCGUUUGUACCAAGUAGUUAUUCGAUCAGUUUCAGUUUAUUCAUGUAUAAUUGCUCUUAAAACCUGCACUCCUGGACAAGCUAAGGCUGCUUGUAUUUUAUUUUGUGAUAAAACUUUAUAACUGAGAAAGAAAAUAAACUGAAUUAACUUUCAUGCUAUAUAUUAAACUGCUUUCGUUUUUAAAAUCACCUCUUUGACACACUACACCAAGACCUUUGAAUGAAACAUGUUUCGUCUAUUAGACCUUUUCAAUCAAUACUUUAAAAACGAAAACAGUUUAACAUAUAGCAUGAAAUUUACAAACUCUUUAGUGAUCAGAUUUAAAAAGAUUUCUAGAAAAACAGUGAAUUAACUUUAAGGCUGAGAAAUUCCACAUACAAAAACACUCAACGUUCCUGCUUUUCAAGAAGUUUUCCCACCCUCCUGUUGAACACCAAAAACCUUGCGAGAUAAAUCCUUGAUUUAUCCCAUGUUUAUCCGCCUUUACGGAAUAAAGCUCAGUACUUCUCAGUAAAAUAACCGUAGAAUAUAUAUAAUGCAACAACAGUUGUUUACAUUUAUGCAUUAUGCUAAUUUGAUAGGUGGUUAUCCCAAUGAUUCCACAUUUAAGUAGAAUCGUCUGAAAUUAUUGAAUAUUUUUACUGCAGUACUGUGAACGGACGAUAUACUUAGACGCAUAGAUGGAUAGAUAAUCAACGCGCACGUCGACAGAAACGACGGUAAUAAUGAUCUCUCUGUUGAUUUGUUUUUGUUCUUUUAAGAUUUGCUACAUGACAGAUUUUGAAAAUUAGCUUCAAACAUGCACCUAUUUAUGAAAACGUUGACUUCGAGAAAUAAAACACUUCAGUUAGUCUAGCGGGAGGUUCUAGGGGAAGAGGAAGGGGAGAAACGGAAGAAGGGAGGUCGGGGAGGAAAGGGAAAAACARGAGAUUUUCUUUUUUUCAUUCUACCCCUUCCCACUCUCCCCUAAUGCCCUAAGGGCCGCUACGCAGGCUACACUUCAGUAAAAAGGAAUAUGCAAAAACGUAGUGUGGUUCCAAUAGGUCAUCGCGGCAUGGUAAAGCAAAUAUUAUGAACAUAACAAUUUUUCAUUUUAAAAAGAUUGCCUACUCUGAAUAAAAUGACCUUAUCAUAUAAUUA